CCAACAGAAACCAGCGCUACUGAUUUCACGAAGGAGUUAAGGAACUCCCCCCCACACACAACCCACGCUCCACUCGCGCACGCAUCCUCCUCCGCAGUCCGCUCCCAUGGCGUCCCGCGACCUCGGCGAGAGCCUCCUCCCGGGCGGGGGCGCCUCGGCCUCCUCGUCGCACGACGAGUACGAGGAGCGCGCGUACGACUCGGACGACAAGGUCUCCAUCUCCAUCUCCGACUCGGAGCCCGACGACGACGACGGCGGCGGCGGCCCCGGCGCAGCGCGUGCGCGCCCGGCCUUCUCAUGGCGGAAGCUCUGGCGCUUCACGGGCCCCGGCUUCCUUAUGUGCAUCGGCUUCCUCGACCCGGGCAACCUCGAGGGGGACCUGCAGGCGGGCGCCGCCGCUGGGUACCAGCUCCUCUGGCUGCUGCUCUGGGCCACGGUCAUGGGCGCGCUCGUCCAGCUGCUCUCCGCGCGCCUCGGGGUCGUCACCGGGAAGCACCUCGCCGAGCUCUGCCGGGAGGAGUACCCGCCCUGGGCCACCCGCGCGCUCUGGGUCAUGACGGAGCUCGCCCUCGUCGGCGCCGACAUACAGGAGGUCAUCGGCAGCGCGAUUGCCAUCAAGAUCCUCUCCGGCGGCAUCGUGCCGCUCUGGGGCGGCGUCGUCAUCACCGCCUUCGACUGCUUCAUCUUUCUAUUCCUGGAGAACUAUGGUGUGAGAAAACUGGAAGCGUUUUUCGGCGUCUUGAUUGCAACCAUGGCUAUAUCAUUCGCGAUCAUGUUUGGUGAAACGAAGCCUAGUGGGAAGGAGCUUCUGAUCGGUUUGGUGGUUCCAAAGCUGAGCUCGAAGACUAUCAAACAGGCGGUUGGAAUUGUGGGCUGCAUCAUCAUGCCUCAUAAUGUUUUCUUGCACUCGGCGCUAGUGCAGUCCAGGAAGAUUGACACAAAAAAGAAAUCCCGUGUUCAAGAAGCAGUUUACUAUUACAACAUUGAGUCCAUCCUUGCUCUCAUCAUCUCCUUCUUCAUUAACAUCUGUGUUACAACGGUAUUCGCUAAAGGAUUUUACGGAUCUGAACAAGCUGAUAACAUAGGUCUUGAGAAUGCUGGCCAGUACUUACAGGAGAAAUAUGGAACUGCCCUGUUUCCUGUCCUCUAUAUAUGGGCUAUCGGAUUGUUAGCGUCUGGACAGAGUAGCACGAUCACCGGCACAUAUGCAGGCCAAUUCGUCAUGGGAGGUUUCCUUAAUCUUCGAUUGAAGAAGUGGUUACGAGCAGUGAUUACUCGAAGCUUUGCCAUUAUUCCGACUAUGAUUGUGGCUUUAUUUUUUGAUACUGAAGAUCCUACCAUGGACGUUCUGAAUGAGUCGCUCAAUGUUCUUCAGUCCAUUCAGAUUCCAUUUGCACUAAUUCCUCUCAUCACCCUUGUUUCGAGUGAGCAGCUCAUGGGGUCAUUCGUGGUUGGUCCUAUCACAAAAGUGAUAAGUUGGAUCGUCACAAUCUUUUUGAUGCUCAUCAACGGAUACCUCAUACUGUCCUUCUACACCGAGGAAGUGCGGGGCGCAGUUGUUCGCUCAAGCUUGUGCGUCGUGCUGGCUGUUUACCUCGCCUUCAUCGUCUACCUCAUCCUGAGGAACACCACGCUGUAUUCUCGCCUUCGCUCAUCAGUCUCAAAGAGCUCAUGAGAAAGACUGUUAGUCAUUUCAUCUCCACGAUGAAGAAGAUGAGCGGAAGUGGGUAGAUAAUAUUGGAAGAAAACUGCUCCCCAUUGUACAACAUGUACGGCUGCCUAUUUGUAUUAGCUCCGGGGGAGAGGUCUAUAUUGUAUAUCAGUUGCUGCUGUAUAACUGUAUUUGUGGAUUAGCAGGCUUCCCCUUUAGGCCUCGUUCGGCACUAGGGUAUUUGACUGUUUCCACGAGUAUUUUACCUGCCGGUACAAAAAUCCCGAAAAA